AGUAACUUCCUGUUCCGGCGCUUUCAUACACAUCCGUUGUCAGCUGUGUUGUCAGGAGCAGUUGUUGUGGUUUAGUGUGUACAAGCUGCUAAGUUGUAGAAAAGCUUUCCGGGUUCUAGUGCUGUGUGUGUGCGGGUACACCACGGGCUUCAUACACACUUACACACACACACUGAUACACGGCUUCGCUUCGUGUUAUAGUAACACAGAGAUGUGCUGAGUCUCAAUGCAGGACCGCGGCGCCAAAUUCAAACCUAACGCCAACUUCCAGCUCUGUACAUGUCUCCUGACAGACCAUGGCCUUGGAUUCGUCCACGUCCACUUGUGAUGCUGCUGAUGUUUUAAUUCGCUCCACCAACGCGGUCUUUGAUCAAAAGGUACCGGAGAAAGACCUGAGUGAAAAUAUGGAGAUUCCUCACCAAAGAGAUAUUAACAUUUAUGUGCAGAGACUGUCAGAUUCUCCUAAUGCUGUGGCUGAAGGUGGACUUGUGGAGAAGAUGGUUCAUCCAGCGCUUCCUGUAAACACACAUGCAGCUGCACCCACAGCUAAAGACCAACAUCAUACAGCAUCAAAUGCAGUUUCUGGAGUUACCAGGGGAAGUGAUGUGAGACAUCAGAUAAGACAUCCUAGAGGACGUAAAGAUGCACUUAAAACAUCAGUCACCCAAACAAUGAAUAAAGAGCAAGAAGAAAACCUUCCAGGGCAGGAUGUGUUAAUAUCGAGAUACUCUGCUAAUGGGAGAGGUGCUGUUGUAGCUGCUUUAAAACACAGAUCUCACACUGAACCAGUGAGGCGGGAGGUGAAAGUACAAUUUUUGGAUGCAGGACAUCCACAAAGCAGUGAACCAAGUCUUCCUGCGGUCCAGCCUGCUACUGCUUUAUCAUCACAGGAUGCUGGAGCCGCUUCAACUGCGGCAGCCAUUACAGCUGCUGCCCUAGCAGCCACAGCUCCUCUAAUCAAGGCCCAGAGUGAAACGGAGGCUCGCGUGGCUCAGGUGGCGUCCGAGUUGCGGCGACUCCAGGAAGCCGAGGGCAGAAUGACCUGCGCGUCAGAGAGCAGAUCGGGCAGUGGUGCAGACAGAAUGGUCCAGCUGCAGGAGCAGCUGACAAUGCUGACCCAGCAGAGGCUUCAACAUCUGGAAAUGAUCCAAGGCCAACAGCUUGAGCUGCAGAACCGUCUUUUUGGCUCUGCUCUGGAUGCCGUAACAGCACGUACCAUCCCACCCUCACGAUCCACACUUCAUACCGGCUCUGGUGUAAUUUUCCCAGAGUCUGUACUCAGGCCAGAGUUUAGCAGGCUUCAUGUCAAUGAAAAUGCUGCUGUGGGAAAUUCAGGUUUUGCAGUUGUUCAGGAGCAAAGCAGAAGGAGUCCGAGAGGAGGCGGGAAAAGUCCGCUAAUGCCAGCACCACGUAAUGUCAUUCCCAAACCCACUCAAUGGAAUCGUGCUGCUUACAGCAAACAGAGCAGGACACACAAACCUGCCCAGACGAAACACGGAAAUGGCAGGCUUCAGGAACAGAUCUCUAACAACCAGAAAUCUACAAGACACCCAGCACAGCCUGAUGGAGUAAGGCAAGUUGCUAUAGCAACAGUCACUGACAGCCAACCAGAGCAUUCAAGAAAGAACCCAGGAGAAACAUCCAUCUUUUUUCCCACUGGAAGGGUUGAAGCAAAGAGGCCAGAGAGUGCAGUGACCAAGCUUCUGAGCACAAACGAGAGCCAAGAAAGCCUGAAGGGAGCGUCUACUUCAAGCCAUGCGCUGCCAAACAGCUCCAAUUCCGCUGUACAGAAGGCCAACGCAAUGCUACAGGACUUGAGCAGACUCAAAGACGAGAUGCGAAACUUAAUCCAGACUGCUGAUGCAUUUCCUGUGAAGCUUGCCGAGCCAAGCCACCACGCACCCCCCGCCCUGCCCUCUCCUCCACCUCAGCCCCCACCCCCAAUCUCCAUGCCAUCAGAGCAAGAUGAUGAGGUCACUCCUAAGGCUGUUCCUGUGUCUCGACCCAACCAGCUACUGAAUAGCCUUCCACCUGCUUCCAUGUUUGAGGAUGCAGAAUGUGUCCUGAGGCAGGUCAAACAAAGCCGGAAGGUUCUAGAGGAGAAUCUGCAGGCAAUUUUGAGAGCCAAGGAUGGAGAAGUGCUGCAUACACAACUAGAAGCGCUGUCGAACAACAGGGAUACCAGCGAGGAGCUGAGAAUAAAAAAGACUGUCGAUGCCUGGAUCAACACACUGAGCAAGGAAAUUCAGGAUGAGCUAGCACAACAUGGAUCUGUUGUUCAGAUGAAGGCUGCGGAGAGAGAUAGUGUGGCAGCAGGCGGAUCAGCGCAGCGGGAUUGGAGCAGCAGGAGCAGGAGCACAGCUGGGAAAGAACCUGGAAGACUGGGGAGACAGCGGAAAGGAGCCGGCGCAGCGGCGAGGAGAGAAACCUCUCGCGGAGACUCCAAUAGACCACAGGCAGUAAGCACACAGGCUUCCAGCCAAAAGCUUGCCUCAUCUUUCAGAAAAAGCACCGAGCAGCACCCACAGGCGUCUGUGGUGCUGAAGUGUGAAGGCGAUGAAGCGUACCUAACAAAGGUGUACGGGAAAGCCCUGUAUGAGGGGCAUCGGCGCACAUUAAAGAAGGGCCCCUACCUGCGUUUCAGCUCUCCCACCCCGAAAUCCAAAGUGCAGCGCCCCAAAGUGGUAGAGAGAGUGAAAGGCGUGAAGCUGAAGUCCUGCAAGACCCAGACCAGCGUUUCAGGUGCUUGUGAUGCAUCUCCACUGCAGCCUGUGACCUCUGGAGCUCAGUACCUGUUCAGUCCUUGCAGACCCAUACCCGAGCAGCAGCCCAGCUCUCUUUUAAAAGGCUACCUCAUGCCCAUGGCCAUCCCUCUGGGCAAGCCCAGAGUUGAUGCUCAGACCACUAUGCCUUCACGCGUCAUCAUUAGUGACAAACCUGCAACCGUGAUAACCUCCAUCCCUCCCGCCCCCAAAGUGGCUCCUCUUAUCCGGAAGCCCAACACACUGCUGCUGGAAGUUCACUCUGAACCCAAGAAACCUGUCCCACAUCUCCAAAUACAGGUUCAACCCAGUGUGAACAUUGAGAGCGUAUCAGCCCCGAGCCACACGCCCUCUUCCUCUCCUCCCCCUCUUCUCCCUCCUCCAUCCUUUCAGGCCGCAGCAGAAACCCCACCGUUCGAAGACGAGGCUGAGGAGAACGAUGGCUUUCCUGGAACCACCGUCUUUGAGGAGGCAGACAACAGCCAGGAACCUGAGAUGGAUGGAGAAUUUCCUGAUUCUCCUAUAGAGCUGCAUGGACUUCCUUCUCCUCCAGUUGCCCUGUACCACGGUCCGACUUUCCCAACACAGUCAAAUCAACCCGAUCCUCUCACCCAGCCCAUACUCACCGCCAUCCAGCACAGAGAGACCCUAGAGUAUCAACUUGUGGACUGGGUGGAGCAGCAGUUAAUGGCAAGGAUGAUCAGUGGGAUGUUUCCUCAGCCUGCCCUUACAGACCCAGCUGUCCAAUCAGUGCCAGAGGACAGUGUCACCUCAGACACCACAGUAGAGACAGCGGGAGGACUGCAGGUGGUUGUGGAUGCCGGCUUGCCAGUGGACUCGGAGCUCAUCCGGCAGUAUGUGAAUGAGGUUUUGGCCGGCAUAAUCGCCCUAACCCUGGGCCAGAGAGAGCCUUCUGCUUCAACUCAGGAUACACACAUGCAGCAGGAGAGUACAGUGCCUACACCAGUGCCCACUCCUGAGCCCAGUCUGACAGAGAUUCCCCCAGCACUUAGGGAGGCAGUGUCUCCAGUCAGCACUCCAGAUGUCUCAGAGCAUCCUUCCCCUGCCCAAUCACUCAGAGAUUCCCAGCAUGUACAGCCUCAGCAGCCAGUUUUACCAGAACAAUCAGUGGAACCAGUGGAAACACCUUUAUGCACGCCAAUUGCAUCCCCUAGAAGGACACAGACACCAGAGCCAGCAGACAUGCAAAACCAUCCAUGGGGUGAUGUAGAACUUCCACUUACAGAGGAGAAACCACACAGUGAGGAAAAGGAGCAGCACCCGCUACCAGUUGUACUGUCAGUUGCCUGUGAGGAGGAGGAAGAGGAAAUCAUCCAUCCAUUCUCCCCAGUUCCCCCCAAAAAACCACAGAAUCCUCCAAUGACUGCAGUUGUGCAUACUGAACCUGCUCCUCCUGAAUCUCCGUCUGUGAAGGAGAACAGCUCACACUCCAGCACCUCCAUCACAGAGACAGAGACUGCAGCCAGGCACAUCUCUGAGGGAGAGCUGCUCCUCAGCUGCGGCCAGAUGGCUGCAGUCAGAGCUUUGACAGAGGAAGGCUUUACUUUGCAGAACCUAAUGACAAGCUUCAACAGCUCACUGCAUGGAAUCCAGGAAAUGGAUUACGAUCCUCCAAGUGAAGGUGAAGUCAUGCGAAGGCCACUUGUAUCAGCCCACCGUGACCCGAUCCUGUCACUGCUGGCUCGGAUGGAACAGGGUCCAAUAAGCCAGUCUCAGCAACGAGAGAAGUGGUGUGAUGAGGAGAGCAGUGGUGAGGUGAGCGAGGGGCAGCGGCCGGUUCUGACUGAAGCACAGGAGAGAGUGGUGAUGGGACACUCUCUCAUCCCGCAGCGUCAUUCUCCCGCUGCAGAACAGUCACUCUACACUACCCUGAAUUCACUUGGGCAAUCACAAAUGAAGUACACAGGUGAUAAAGGCGCAAUAGGUAUGAAUGGUGGGCUGCCGGCUAACGACUCCUAUCAGCAGAGCACACAGAGGCUCCGCAUGUUUUUCACUCGUUUACUGCACCUUCCCUUCAGCCAGGAGACUAUUCACACCAACAGGCUGCUGAGAGUCAACCAUUGGCAAACAGAACGACUCCAAUACUGGUGAAGCAAUACAAAAGCACAGAGGAACCAGAUGAAGAGAUAAGCCCCUCUCCCCUGCACAGAAUGACAUAUUGAAAGGAGGAAAGAGAGGAGAAUAGCCUCUGAAACUAAUAUCGUGUUUGGAGUAUGGAUGAGGGUUUGGAUAGCCUUCACCCUGUCACCCUGAGUCCUCUUCACCCAGAGAGAGACAGAGAUUUAUCCUUUGAGCAGCAGCCUUUGAUGUGCAGAGCCAGGCUGUCUUGCUAAGCCACACGCCAGAAGGUCCUGGCUCUGCUGUCCCAGGUGGAGAAGUGCAGCUUUAAUGGAAGAUCUCCUGUUACAGUCAGCCCACGGUUGGAGAGGUUGUGCCCGAGAUUUGUUUGAAGUUGAGCUGCACUGAGACUACAGACCUUCUGCCUACAUAUGUUGACAGAUGUGCAUCUUGCUUCCUGACAACGGUGUGUGGGCGCUCUUAAGUUUUGGCAUAUGACUUGUUGGGAAAGUCACAGAAUAUAUGAAUGUAUUAUUUCUCCAUAAAGCUCCAAAAUAAUAUAAAUGAUACUCAGAAAUUAUUUGCUUGAUAAGAGCUUGAUAAUUGAUUGCAAUUAUUUAGGAAGUAUGAAUUAAUGGGAAACAAGGUUUCUUUCAUGUAUUUGGCAUUUAAUUGGAUGAAUAGAAAUUCUGUCAUUUUAAAUAUCAAUAAACAUCGAUAUGUAAUAAAA